AUGAAUGAAGUGUUCAAAGACUUGAUUGGAAACAGCGUUGAGGUGUACAUUGAUGAUAUGAUCGCCAAAUCGCAAACGCCAGAGGAACACCGCUCACACCUUCAAGGCGUAUUUGAUAGGUUGCGAAAGUACAACAUGCGGCUGAAUCCAAGCAAGUUCGCCUUCGGCGUCCCCGCUGGAAAUUUUCUUGGAUUCAUGCUGACAAAGAGAGGCAUAGAGGAGUUCAAAAGAGCCCUAUCCUGCCCGCCGGUCCUCACCAAGCCAGGCAGUAGUGAAACUCUGUACUUCUACCUCGCCGUGGGUGCUGAAGCCAUCAGCGCAACUUUGGUAAGAGAACUUAAAGAAGGGCAGCUGCCGGUUUAUUUCGUCAGCAAAGUGUUGCAAGGCGCGGAACUGCGAUAUCAACAAGUUGAAAAGGUCGCCCUCACACUCAUCUUCGCCGCACGAAGGCUGAGGCCUUAUUUCCAAUGCCACCUUAUUACAGUCAGAACCAAUCAGCCUAUUCGCCAAAUCUUGCACAAACCUGAUCUCGCCGGAAGAAUGAUGUCCUGGGCGAUUGAACUGUCGGAGUACCAGAUCAGUUACGAACGCAGAACUUCCAUUAAAGCUCAAGCUCUCACAGAUUUCAUAGCCGAAAUGACGCACACCUGCGCAGCAGCUAGCCAAGCAACAGAAACCCCAAGGUUGGCGAUGUGGAAGCUGUAUGUUGAUGGCUCUACCAACGCCAAAGGCACUGGAGCCGGAAUGAUAAUUGAAAAUCCAGACGGGGUGGCGAUGGAGCAUUCAUUAUAUUUCAACUUUAAUACCACUAACAACCAAGCUGAGUAUGAGGCAAUGAUCCCCGGCCUGCUCCAAGCCAAAGAGUUGGGAGCGCAACGUCUCAAGGUCUUCAGUGAUUCUCAGUUGGUGACAUUCCAAAUUUUGGGUGAAUAUCAAGCUAAAGGGCCGCUGAUGUGCAAGUACUUAGAGAAAGUUAAAGAGAUCAUUUUGACCUUCGAGACAGUUGACAUUGAGCACAUUAGGCGAUCAGAAAACACACGUGCAGACAUUCUCGCAAAACUAGCAAGCACCAAAAGUCCAGGUAAUAAUCGUUCUGACAUCCAGCAUAACCUGCCUAAUCCAUGCAUCGUCGUGAGUAUUGCCGACAUCGCCGAAGGAGUCGCCGAAAAUACCUGGAUCACUUUCAUCUCCAACUACCUAUCAGAGGGUACCCUCCCAGCGGACCAGAAGGAAGCCAAGAGGAUCAAGUGGAAAUGCGCCCACUUUUGCAUGAUGCAGGGGCGUUUGUACAACAGGGGUUUCUCAACCCCACUUUUGAAAUGCUUGAACCCCAGCGGUGUAGGGUACAUUUUGGAAGAAAUCCAUGAAGGAAUCAACGGCCACCACAUGGGCGGCCACUCUCUAGCAAAGAAAGCACUCUGA